AUGCAGGCAAGUGCGGAGCUGCAUUCAUUCAAUAAGCAAGACAUCCUUUUUCGUGUGCUUUACCUUCGUCGAGAGUUUCAGCUUCUUUCAACGAUAGCAGCACAACACGGUCCCACGUGGGCGGCUGACAGCGGGGCAUCUACGCCCGUUGCGAGGUCGCACACCACCCCCGAAAAGGAAAACACACAAACCGGAAACCCCGGCGAUCCCCUCUUACCUUCCACCCGUGUGGAGACAUUCCACGAGAUUGUGCGGGAGCUACGCGAUGUGAUUUUGCUGCCCCCUGCGCCCUCCACCGCGGAGACGGGCUCGCCCGACGACCUUCACGAUUGGCAGGACUCUGAGGGAGACUGGCAAGGGCUGGUUUGCGUGCGAAGCCCCUCCUCGCCGUGGUAUCAGGGCUACUUCAACUUCAUUGUCCACUUCCCGCCCCGGUAUCCGUUUGAGACGCCGACGAUUCACCUCACGCGGCCGCUGCGCAGCCACCCCCUCCUCCUCAACCGUGUGGAGAUCCCGUUUGAGGAGGUGUACUGCGGGAUCGAUCCGAUGCGGGUGUCGGUGAUGGCGCGGUUGCUGCAACACGUUCGCCGUUUCUUCACCCCGGCGGAGUGGCCGACGGAGUGGCGGCAGGGCGAAACCGCCUCCGCGGCGUCCACCACCGACGAAGGGGUCGAUCUUUUCGCCAGCCAAACACUCGAGGAUGAGGCCGCGCGAAUUAACCGCGUCCUUGCCCGUCAAGACGUCGAGCGCUGCAGCAUCUUGCAGGAGAUCAUUUUGUCGAAGCCCUACGCGCAUUUUUUGGGCACCAACGUGAAGGAGCACUUCCUUAGUAAGAUGGGGGAGAUGGGGGGGUCGGACGAGGCGCCGUCGCAGCCGGGAGGUGCUGACCUUUUAGGUGAGACCAACGCCCUAGAGUGGGUUGAGUCUAGGGAAUGGCCUGCGUGGUAUAACCGGCAUUUUCUGCUGCGUUCCAUGAAGCUACCUUGA